CUUUUUAUGGGGCUAAUAUACCCCCAUCAGGAAACAUUUUUCCUGAAACUUUGAAACAGUGAAGUGCUUCCGCAAUGCAAAGUCUGUUUUGUAUAAUCUUACUCCUCUGGACGGUGCUUGCGUCCAUUUCUGCAGAACACCUUUGCAACAGAAAGUCCCGUCUAUCAAACUGUCGGAACAAUGAGCUCAACUAUGAAAUCGAAAUGGAUGGACCAAAUGGGGAAAUAAUUGUGCUCAAACAGAACUUCAAACAAAUGACAACCACACUUCCGCCGUCGCUGCUUUCGUCAUUCAACCUGAGGACACCAUUCAGGGAGCUGGCCAACGGUAUCUCCAACUUAGGCAGCCGGGUGAGGAUGGACGUCCAGCGACGGCGUGAGAAUUUCCGCGAUAUGCUCGGUAACCUAAGAUCGCGAAUAGGUCGAACUGCGAGCGAAAGUAAGGGUAAGCGCAAACCACCGAGCCGGAAAAAAGUUGGACAACGAAUGAAGGUUAAAAAGGAUGUCGAUGAGGUAAUACCAAUCGAAGAAUAA